UUAAUAAUCCAUUACUUGGAUACUCAAAGGUUUCGUACAAUAAGAGAUAGAUAAAUAGAAAAAGAAUUCAAGUGAGAGAGGCUUCUUCAUCAGGUGACAUUCAAAAGUUGAUUAAGGCCAGAAAAGAAAUGUGGUGAAAAACUGACCACUUUAUGAUUGCUUCUGUCUUACUGUGAGAGAGAGAGAGAGAGUGAUACAAUGAUGGUAAAAAAAUAUAAUACUUAAUGUAAAAUAUAUAUAUAGAGUGAGAGUAGAGGCAUACCAACAAUGUACAUAUGUAGUGCAGGUAUACAGACUAGAAAACAGUGAGUUAGUUGACUUGACCAAGGAUAAACCAAGAAGCUUCAUGGAGACAGACAGACAAGGAUAUAGCACUGUUCACCAUAACAUUUGAUGAGGUUCAUAAUGGCUCGGUGGUAGCUUAGGUUAUGAGGGUAUAUAAGAGCAGUGCAGGAGAUUGGGUUGGUAGUGACAUCUGGUACACUGAGGGAGGUGGACCUACUCUCCCCCUUCUCAAAAUGAAGCUGUGCUGGUCAUUGGUGCUGAUGAUUGGGCUGACGAUGACUCUGCAACUCCCUCAAUCCCAAUCUCAACUACCUCAAUCCCACCCUGAAUUACCUGAGUCUCUCCCACAACUGGUGGCUCAGUUCAUAAAGGAAUUAGAGAACGAAUAUUUUCAAGGGUGUACUACAGUAAUAUUCCACGAGACGCCCACACUUGAAGGGAGACAAGGAGGCAUUUACAUAGAUUCUGGAUCAGAUCUCAUGGAUCAGCGCGCGUUAAUGGAUUAUGGAUCUUUCAUGAUGGGUCACUUUCUCAGUACAAGAGGAUCACCAUGGAUCAUCUUCAACUUAGGUCAUAAUCUAUCUAAUGUUCUCCUGGAUACUGAUCUGAACACAGUGAUGCGCUGUCCUGUGUAUGUAACGCUCGCUAGGGAUAUCUCUCAUGCACAGAAUCUCUUCCUGCAAACAAACAGAGACUGGGACAAAUACUUCCUCUCACGUAAACAUCUUAUCGUCACUGAGAGCGAGACAACGGCACUUGAAGAGUUCUUGAAACUAGAGGAGAUUAACACCAUGUCUAACCUCCUGUUUGUGCGCCCUGGUGUAAGUUCAUCGACUCUCAAGGUUUUCACGAACACCCCAUACGGCCUCCCUAGUCCCCGAUCCCUCCUGACUUGGCGAGCAGGACUUUUAGUGACCAAGGACAAGAAGGACCUUUUCCCUGAUAAGUUGAUGGACUUCCACGGCCGCAGGAUGAGGGUCGUGACCUUUCACUUCCCUCCCAGGAUUUUUAUGGAGGAACAGGAGGAUGGGGAACAUCUUCUGUAUGGUGUUGAUAUUGAGGUAGUGAGGGCCCUGAGCGAGGCAGUGAACUUCAGUGUAAGUUUCAGCAGACCGUCUGAUGGGGAGAUGUGGGGCUGGGAACAAGACAAUGGUUCCUGGACGGGGUUGAUGGGAGAUCUCCAAUACCGCCAGGCAGACAUAGGGGUGGCAGACCUGUAUAUAAUGGAACAGUACUUCGCCAUUAUUGACAUGUCACAAGAAUAUGAUAUAGAAUACUUGUGUUUUGUGAACCUCGUGCCUGGACCUCUGCCACAGUGGAUGGCUCUGGGUUUGCCCUUUCUUUUGGAGACUUGGGUCGCUAUUUUUAUUUCCGUGUUGGCGGGGAUGUUGAUGUUGGUGGGGAUAACGAGGCUUGGGUUUAUAAUCAAUCUGAAGGAGGGACAAGCACAGGAGGUUCCUUGGUUCCGUCAUAGUGCCAACAUCUGCUUGCUGCUGUACGCUUGUGUUAUGAAUACCUCCUGGAUGCGUGUCCCCACAGCAUCUCAUCUGAGGAUCUUCGUGUUUCUGUGGAGUAUGGCGUUUAUCAUCCUGGCUGUGGCUUACAAGGGAUCCCUCGUAUCCUACUUGACGGUGCACCUGGAACAGCCACCCAUCGACACUCACAGACAACUGCACGAGAAGGAUGUGGACGUGGGGAGCAUCGGGUACACCCUCAAGAGAGUGAUGGAGAAGAAUGCUGACCCGUAUGUAAGGUUCCUGGCUGAGAGGUACCAGCAUGUUCCUUCUACUAGUGAGGGACUUCAACGUACUGUCCAGGGCAGGUACUCGUUCUUAGAGAGUAGGGGCUUCCUGGACUACACAAUAGCCGUAGACUACACUGACAGAAGAGGCAAGGCAUCCCUACACGUGAUGAGAGAAUACAUAGCGCCCUUUGGGAUAGGUCUGGCCUAUCCUAAAUACGUCCCUUACAUAGCCAAGUUCAACACCAUCAUCAGUAGACUACACUGA